AAACCGUCUCUCUCUCUCUCUCUCAUGCGUUUCUUCAAAAGCCAGCUCUUUUAGCUUCUUCUUCUUCUCUCAAAAAUCCCGGAUAGAGAGAGAAAGAGCAAGAAGAGAGAAAAAAAGCCAUAAUGCAAUCCGGAUUCACCGGGGGCGGUGGCGGUCUUCCCGAUUUAUACGCCGCCACCGGCCGAUCCAUCGCCGCGGCCAUGAACAACAACCCUUCUCAGCCUCCUUACGGUAGCCGACCCAACCUUCCGGGCCUCUUCCUCGACCCCACCACCUCGCGGAUCGCUCGCCACAACCCCGCCACCACCAUGAUCGGGAAGCGAACCCUCGCCGAGUUCCAAUCUCACCAGCAAUAUAUGCCAGCCCAGGUGAACUACCUGCGCUCUGUCAAACCCAGGGCUUAUCAGCACUCUUCGCCAAUAUCCCCUCUUUCUCCGAUUGAAUUUUCGCCUACGACGACCGCGGCCUCCGAGACUUCUUAUUCUUCUUUGUUAUCGUCUCAAAGGUUUGGUCUUCCUAUCCUUCAGCAGCUCCGUCCUCAGCCUAGUACCCCGGCGAUGCAAGGUGCUGCUUAUGUGAACAGUGCCGUACAGAAUCGGAUUCCGGCGGUGGAUUCCGACAAGAAGAUGAUAAACCACCGGCUUCAGGAGCUAGAGAAGCAGCUUCUCGAUGAUAACGAUGAGGAGGAAGGCGACCCCGUCUCUGCGAUUACCAACAACAGCAACAGCGAGUGGUCCGAGACGAUACAGAAUCUGAUCAGCCCUAAUCAGAGCCAGAAACCGGUUUCGCCGUCGCCGACCUCGUCAUCCUCUUCCUCGUCGUCGUCGGUGGCUUCUCCCGCCACCACGACCUGCUCGAAGCAAUCGCUGAUGGAAGCCGCGACGGCGAUUUCGGAAGGGAAAACGGACGUAGCGUCUGAGAUCCUCACGCGCCAGGGACAGGUGUUGAACCCUAGGCCCAAUUCGGAGCAGAGAGUGCUCGAGUUCGUCGCCUCGGCUCUGAAAUCGCGGGUCAACCCGGUGGAGAACCCGCCGCCGGUGAUUGAGCUUUUCUCGCUGGAGCACACCGCAGCGGUCCAGUCGCUCCACGAUCUCUCGCCUUGCUUUAGCCUCGGCCUCAUGGCGGCCAACCUCGCGAUUAUCGAGGCGACAUUACCGGACAAGCCGGUCUCUAAGGGCAACAAGGUUCAUGUUAUCGAUUUCGACAUCGGUCAAGGCGGGCAGUACGUGAGUCUCCUCCGCGCGCUUGUUGCGCGUCAUCAGAACGGCAAGCCUCCGGUAGGGGUUAAGAUCACCACCCUCGCCGACACCAACGGCGGACGUGAAAGACUCAACGCCGUCGGAGAGAAGUUGAGGCAACUCGCCGAGGGGCUCGGAAUUGUGCUUGAAUUCAACGUGGUGAGUCUGAAGAUCGGCGAGGUGAGUCGCGAAUCGCUUGGGUGCGAGGCCGACGAGCCUCUGGCCGUGAAUUUCGCCUUCAAGCUGUACAGAACGCCGGACGAGAGCGUGUCGACGGAGAACCCACGUGACGAGCUCCUCCGGCGCGUGAAGGCGAUGGGGCCGCGCGUGGUGGUGCUGGUGGAGCAGGAGCUGAACACCAACACGGCGCCGUUCAUGGCGCGCCUGAACGAGACGUGCGCGUACUACGGCGCGCUAUUGGACUCGAUCGAGUCCACCACAGCGAGGGAUAAUUCGGAAAGAGUCAAGGCGGUGGAGGAGGCGCUGAGUCGGAAACUUGGCAACUCGGUCGCGUGCGAGGGGAGGGACCGGGUCGAGAGAUGCGAGGUGUUUGGGAAGUGGAGGGCACGGAUGGGGAUGGCCGGGUUCGAGUUGAAACCGCUGAGUCAAAGCGUCAAGACUCGGCUGAGUUCUAACCGAGUCCCCCCGGGUUUUACUGUUAAAGAAGAGAAUGGAGGAGUUUGCUUUGGUUGGAUGGGUCGCACUCUCACCGUCGCAUCUACUUGGCGUUAACUUCACUCAUUUUUCUCCCCGCUUUUUUUAUUAUUUUUUUUUCUUUUUGAUUUUUAUGUCUCUUACUUCACUUUCUUACUAAUGUUAUAUUAAUUGUUAUAAAAGAAAGUAUUAUUGACGUUUUCCCGAAAGAAUUGGCAAGAAAAGGAAAUAGAAAAGAAAUACCCCCACCCCCACCAAACGGAAACAAAUAAAAAUCCGAGUGUUUGGAUUCCGAGAAAAUUCCCGUGCACCUCAUCAAUUAUCAUCAGUUUUGGGUGUGUGAAAGGUGGUGUUUGGUACAUUUCGCUGAUUUGUCGUGUGGAUUGAAGCUUGCGUUACAUUACCAAGUACCAACCAUGGACGGGCUCCACUUCUAGAUUAUUUUUUUUCCCCUUUUGUUGCUCUUGUUUGUAUUUAUUUGGAAAAUAUGGUUAUUUACUGGGAAAUUACGUGUCCAAUUCCUAAUGGGUCCCACUACAGCACUUUCUUUGCCUAUUGCUUGAAUUUGGGAUAGGGUAGGGGGCUUCACGUGCGCAUGUAUGAAACUUGAUUCGGCUUUUUGCUGAGCAUGAUAGAGUACACAUUUUAUUUUGUUAAUACGUAGAGGGAUCUUCAUUUGGUAUUUGGGAUUCCUACGUUAUGUAACAUAAAACAUCUUUAUGUAUUUGUCGUUGUGAAAUAAACUUACACUAUUUUAUU